CUCAAACACACACACACUCUGAGGAUGUAGGAUGGAAUAACGGUAGAACAGUCGCACUAUGGUGUUUGCCUGCAGAUUCUGGAGGUGCAAAUCCAACCACCACCAACCACAUAUUGUUUACAGACACCUUUCAGCCAAAAUCACCUUUUGUGAUAGCUACUGCACACCGGUAUUUUUUUAAACAUAUUAUUUUAUCUAUAUUGUUGCCUAUCACUUGUUUUCUUUGGUGCAGAUAAAUAAAUGUGCCUUGACCAUGGGCGAAAGUGUCAGGUGAACAAGAUUAGGCCUCCCUAGGCUAAAGCAGACAUUGUGUAUUUAUUUUCUACCAUUGUCUGUUGAGAAGUAAGAGGAAAAUGUCCACUGAUUGUCAAGUGUCUGAACGAGCACUUAAUUGGGUGGCCAUUGGUAGAAAUGAUGAGAUGAUGUUGAGGGCAUUGCACUGGGAGAUUGCCUAGGCGACGGGUGAGGUGGUUUUCGAGCUGCUGUCUGCUGAUGUGAGGAAACAGCGGCCCCCAUGGGUAGACUUGGGGAAAUGAUUCUCUAUGGGGAAAAUGUCAGACAAUACAGAAUGCAUAGAGAAUGGUAUUAAUACUAGAGAAUGGUAUUAUAGCUACUGUAGACGCCUGUAUUUACACUUUAUCAACCCCCUCUGACUAUUUGAUGUCGGCUAUAUAUGCUAAACUAAAUUAUGGAAUUAGGCUAAUUUAACACUAGGCUACAAAUAUUCGUUGUUUCUUUGCACAUAAAAUAGGCCUAUGCCAGUGAAGAGAGUUAAUAAAUCCAAUAGGGCUGAAGAAGUAAAAACCUCACCUGGGUGAAAACAUUGCAUUUCUAGAAUUUACUAAAGAACAUGAUGUAAACUUCUGUACUUGUUUCCAGUAUAAAUCAAUAGCCUAGAUUUGUGCACAGUGUGUGUCUGUGUGUGUGCGUGAGGUCAUAGUUUCAUGAGUUUUAUUAUGCGAGAAAAAAAAUUGACAAUAUGGAGAUUGGACGCGUGCUGUCAAUUGUCAAUGCUAUUGCAGAAUCGAGCAGCAAGGAGGCUGUCAACUCGUAUAUCUGAUGAGGAAAGAGGAGGAGAGGGAGAGAGAGAGAGAGAGAGAGCGAGAGAGAGCGAGAGAGAGAGGUUAGGAGCUCCGUACGCAUCCUGCUCCAGAUGGCGAUUUAAACGCAGACAGACGGCUACAGAGGGAUAGAGAGAAUCACAAGACUGCACACUAGACCCGCGAGCUCAAAAAUAAUCGAAAACUACAAAAAUGAACCAAAACACGAAAUGAGCGACAACAAAGAGAACCAUUUAAGCGCUCGAAAUAUGAUGAAUGUUUUUUACUGACUGGAGUUGACAACAGCAUCUCAAGCCAAUUGUUUCAGUGGAAUGAGCGGUCCUCGAUGCCUGAACAGUUGGAUCCGUGGGCAAAUGACGGUCUGAGAAGCGCGGUGUCUGCUGAGCAAAACCGAGUGUUUUCACUCGGCUUCGACAUUAUCAAACAAAGGGAGACUCAUUUUACGGAUGUAUAAAGACUUGAUAUUGUAAAACUAAUUUGCACGAUUGUUUCAAAGUCGUCUACCGAGGAGUAGCAUUUGGAACAAGAGGAUCCAUAUGCCCAGAUGAAUUUCAUAUUUUUACAUUGGAUGUAAACCCACGGCGCGCAUCGGACACGGAUUUGUGAAGUAGCCUAUUUUCUCUUGACAAUUUUAAGAUUACACAAAAUAUUGAUAUUUUGUAUCGGUUUGCUGACGGUGAGCACACAUGUUAAUACUUAGCUAAAUCAACUAUCUAUGUGCUUUCUUUACUGUAUUAUCAUCCCCUUGCUAACAGAACAUGAGAUCUAAAGAAACAACUCACAUUUAGAUAACGGAGAGAAGUUGUGAUUUCCCCCCCCCCCCCCCCCCCCAUCUAAAUCCAGAUAAACUGUUGUUUUUUACCAUCAAAACGGGACAGUAAACCAAAGACGUCUAUGUACUAAAGGAUCGCACAGCUCUGUCUAGCUUUGCAAAAUAGUUAUCAAUUUAUAUAUAAGAAGUGAAUUACCUCAUCAUUUAUUGAACCCGAAAAGUCAACAACACCGCUUUGAAUCCAAAGGAAACAAAUAUUUUUUUUUGUUUGACUGUAAAAGUGUCGAAUUGGUCUUUUUUUUUUCUCUCUCUCUCAAUACCUUUCAUUAUCAGAGAGAAGGAAUAACACCUUAAUGAAUGGUGUUCAAUAUCUCCGAAGGCUUUAUCCUUUCUUCCAAAUAAUGAGGAUCGGGGCGUUAUAAUCGUCAUUCUUUGGUCUGGAUUAUUUUCGCUGCAAUUACCUGAACCUGAACCCGACCUUCACAAAACAGACACCCAGGCAGACCAGAGAGGAGAGCAGCCCAGCCGUGCAGCACAGGGCCAGGCAGGGUACCUGUCUACAUUUGUCCAUGGCUGGGAGCGGGGACAUUGCAGUCCUACUGGCAGGAGCCACCAGCUCAAUAUACCAGUAUUGAUGCAGGGACUGGUAGCACAGAACAGAAGGUUGGAACGAUGCCCGAUUCACCUGCUGAUGUCAAAACCCAGCCCAGGUUGACUCCGCCCACAAUGCCACCUCCACCCCCGGCCGUCAGCCAGGCACCCAAUCGCAACGCUUCAUUCACACCCACCACCAGUAGGUCAAUGCUGAACGGGAGCAGUCACUCGAGUCACUCGCCCACUUCGCUCAACGGGGCGCCCUCUACACCCAACGGCUUCAGCAACGGCCCCGCCAUGUCGUCCACCGCCUCCCUGUCCAAUCAGCAGCUGCCGCCGGCCUGUGGCGCCCGCCAGCUCUGCAAGCUCAAGCGCUUCCUCACCACGCUGCAGCAGUUCGGCAACGACAUCUCGCCCGAGAUCGGAGAGCGAGUCCGCAGUCUGGUGCUGGGCCUGGUGAAUUCCACCCUGACCAUAGAAGAGUUCCACUCCAAACUCCAGGAGGCUACCAACUUCCCGCUGCGUCCCUUUGUCAUUCCAUUCCUCAAGGCAAACCUGCCCCUGCUUCAGAGGGAGCUCCUCCACUGUGCACGGAUGGCCAAGCAGACACCCGCCCAGUAUCUGGCCCAGCAUGAGCAGCUGCUGCUGGACGCCAACGCCAGCUCGCCCCUGGACUCCUCUGAGAUCAUGAUGGAGAUCAACGAGCAUGGCAAGAGGAGGACCCCCGACAGGACCAAAGACUCAGAGAGAGACGUGCACCACCCGGAGCACCUGGCCAAGCGACCCUGCACCAUCAGCCCCAGCCAGCGCUUCAGUCCCAGCACUGGCCUGCCAGCCCACCCACCCCCCAACGGCCUGCCCACGCACCCCCCCAACGGCCUGUCUCACCCCAACCCCCCUGCCCCCCAACACUACCGGCUGGAGGACAUGGCUCUGGCCCACCACUACCGCGACGCCUACCGCCACACAGCAGAGCACCGCGAGGCUCGGGACAGGCACCGGCAGACAGCCGUGCAUGGAGCACGUCAGGAGGAAGUGAUCGAUCACCGCCUGACAGAUCGGGAGUGGGCCGAGGAGUGGAAGCACCUCGAUAAUGUACGUGUUGCUGGGCUGCUCAACUGCAUCAUGGACAUGGUGGAGAAGACACGGCGGUCUCUCACGGUGCUGCGGCGUUGCCAGGAGGCCGACCGCGAGGAGAUGAACCACUGGAUCCGACGCUACAGCGACGUGGAAGAUAUGAAAAAAGGUGGGAGCAACGGCCAGCCACGCCCUCCUCCUCCUCCUGUACCUCUACCUCCUCACAACUCCUCCUCCAACACUCCUAACAACGUCGAGACACAGCAGCCCAUAGAGAUUCAUAGGGACUUCCUGCACAGACCUGCGUCUGGCUACCUACCUGAGGAGAUCUGGAGGAAGGUUGGUGCUACAAGUAUCCCACUCUCCCCAGCACUGAAGCAACUCCAAAACAAGCAGGAGGAGGCAGUGAACGAGGUGAAGAGGCAGGCGAUGUCGGAGCUACAGAAGGCUGUGUCAGACGCUGAGAGGAAGGCCCAUGAGAUGAUCUCCGCUGAGAGGUCCAAGAUGGAGAGAGCGCUGGCCGAGGCCAGGAAACAGGCCUCUGAGGAUGCACUGACCGUCAUCAACCAGCAGGAGGACUCCAGCGAAUCUCUCCAGAGCUGCUGGAACUGUGGACGCAAGGCCAGUGAGACGUGCAGUGGCUGCAACACGGCACGCUACUGCGGCUCCUUCUGCCAGCACAAAGACUGGGAGAAGCACCACCACGUCUGUGGCCAGGGUCUACAGGGCCUCCCCGGGGGCAGCAGUGUUCCUCUGGGCACCCCGUCCUCCAGCGCACCCCCUACACACUCAGAGAGCACCCCCCCUGGUCCACUCUCCCUGCCCGGCCAGACCAGCGGUGGUGGGGGAGGCAGUCUCUCCGGGAGUCCUAAGGAGGCUAGCUCCAGCAGUGCCUCACGCUCCACCACCCCAGCGACCCCUGCACUGCUGGACGCCACCUCUCGCUGACCCCGCCCUGCCACGCCCAGUCACUCCCACUGACGCUACAGUACAGCUGCCAUCCAUCCUUAACAAACAGAGGAAUCUUCAUCGAUCUGCGCCCUUUCCGUCUUCUGUACUGCAUCUGUAGUGGUCCAUGAAUCCUGCACCGCCGACUACUUCUUAGCUACCUGAAGGCCUUGUUUUCUCAACUCCUCAACCUCCCCCCAAAACACGUUCUGACUGUCUCUCAGCCGCACAGACUUUCUCCCUGUCAAACUCGAAAACUGGUCAAGGGGUCCACUGUUGUGUUUAGCAUGGCUAGGGCUUACUUUACUGUAUGCUCAAAAUAAACCAAUGCAGAGGCAGAACUCCCUCUCUUAAAGUCAAAUUACAACAACAAAAAACAGCAUACUUGGUUAUUGAACUCUGAUAAUGUCGUGUGAAGAUAAGCUUUGUUAUAUGCCAGACCAACACGUGGCCUCAGUAACAUAAGCCCAGUCAACGCCUGUGUAUGUCGGGGGCUUGCAUUGCAUGGGACUCGUUAUGGUACACGUAUUGUGAAGAAGAGAUAUCUAAAUUUAGCACUUGGAGAGGAUUUCCCUUUAACGCAGCAGGAGUGGGAUGACUCUUAACCCCCAGCAUGUGCACUAUCAGCCCAGACCUCUGAGAGAUGGAUAGAUAGAUGCGUCUAUAGAACAGGCUGUGUACUGGGCCAUGGACAUGUCCUGAUUGAGGUCCCCUAUCUAAGAAGCCAGACACCAGUCAGGAAAACCCCUCUUCUGAUGGAGGAGAGGGGAUAAGAUACACUCAUGGUGCGAUUUAUUCCUCAGAAGCUCUUCCAUAAUACGGCUAAUUAUUUAUCCGAUGAUUUAUUUUUGGGCUUUUAGGAAGACAAAGAAAAGUCCAAAUAUUCAAAACAAAUAAUAAUGAUUUUAAAAAAGUUAACUACCUUGCUAGCGAGCCAAGAAAAUGACACCGGACUCACCUCUCUGUACCGAUGUGAACCCAAAUGAAUUCAAAGAGGAAGGGAAAAAACAUGAUCCAAACCUUUUUAUUACACUGCCAAAGUUACUAAGAGACAAGGAGAAGCACUCAUCUUGUAACCAAACGCAAACAACUUCACCUCCUCAGCAGCAAAGCCCUGGGAGAUAACGGCUAUAGAGCAACAAGUCACACAAAAACUCUAUAUUGAGUGUACUGGCCUCUGUCAGCCUGAAAAUACCCACAGUGAUCCACAGAGAGAGAAAUCCAGAGCAAACAUUUGGAAACGCCUGCCACAAAAGACAAUUGAAAUGGAAGGACCAACCACUGAAUGUGACAGUGAUUUAUGUGAAUGGCAACGGAAUGGACAAAGAAGCAGCUACUCAAAAAGAAGAUGAAAGGCAUUGGAACUGCCAAAAAUAACCUAAAAAAACUGAGAACCUGUCCAAGCAAGCAUUGUACAGUACAGACAAGACUUUUGUUCCUAAUUAUGUUUUUUUUUUAACUCUAUCAAGAGGAUACAUUUCAGUGAGUCGUACAUUUUCACCCUCCUUUUCCAAAGCAUGACAAACAGACUAACGAGCCUCAUAAGUGGUGUAGACUCAGUUCUCUUCUCUCUCUCUUUCUACCUCCCCCCCUCACUUUCCUGUAUGUUCCUCCCUAAAACUCUCUUGUCCCUCAGUCAACGCUACCCCCUUUGGACAUAACCUCUGAGCAGAUAUCUGGGAAGGGAUCAAACCUGCUUGUAGAUAUUCCUUUCUUUGUUUCUCGCAACAACAAAAAAUGGUCUCUGUGUCCACCUGUGCUGCCCUUGUGCGUUUUCAGAAAGAGGGACUUUUCUUCUUUUUAAGUUUGGGCUGAACAUUGAAGCAGGAGCUAAGACACUCUAGGACAGAAAACCCCAUGUUGUACUUAUUGUUAAAUUUGUUGUAUCUUUAUCAAUGAAAAGAAAAUCCUCUUGUAGAAUAUUUUAUAUUGCUCGCAUUGUAAGACAGUGAGAGGACAGAGGUGCAAUAUGAAGAGAAUUCAGCUACUGAAUGAAACCUCAGCAACUACCCAUAGGGGUCAUAUAAUAUAGAUACAUAUAAAUAUAUUUAAAAUAACAUCAGUAACUUAAUGUGAAUGUACAUAGUAUUUAAAGAGGUCCAAAAAUGUGUUUGCCAAAUAUCAGAAACCUUUAAAGUAAUGUACAAUGUCCAGAAUAUGAUUUCUUUCCAGUUCAUUUUUUAAUCAAAGGCAUUUUCAUUUCUCAUAAAUCCUUCUUUUCUACCAGAUUAGCAAAGUCUGCUGAGUGAGUAAUCUCAAAAAGAUGUUAUGAGGAGGGAUGUUGGCAGCGAUAGUGGUUUUCUUCUGGAGUCACAGUUCUUAUAGCUCCCCCUAUAAUUGAUGGCAGCGUACAGCUCUGACUCCCUUCAGGAGGAGCCAGCUAUAGCUCUCAUGACAGGCCCAAGAGGAUGGUUUUAAAGAGGAGAAAGAGAGGCUUAUCACACAUGGAUUCUAAAAGCGUCCUAGCAUGAGGCUAAAUUACUCCACUACUCUGGAUAUUGGAUUUAAAACGCAAGAAUUUAUGCCCAAAAAGUUAUCUGUGAAACAUUGCCAUCCAUUGGGCUGAAGUGCCACUGCAGUGGGCCACCUUUUACACUAAAAACCGUGUGAGCUGCCCCCAAAACAAAGCCUACACACUGGUCUGGAAGUCUGAAGCUUAACCUAACCGUGAUACUGCCCAAUCAUUUCACUGGUUAUUUUUUCUUACCCUGUCCAUAGAUUAGUUUGUGACGAUGCAGUCUCAGUCAUUUAUCCUCAUGUAGGGUUAGGAUCCUAGCAAGGCAAAAAGGACUCAGAACCUGGGAGAGUUGGAACAGAUGUCUUCACAAUCACAGACUAACAGGGAGGAAUGCCAUCUCAUACAGUAAUGUCAUCACAAGCUAUAUUGAAGUUAAAACAUCAUUAAGUUAUAAUUACACACUCAAAUGGCUUUCAAACAUAGCAUUAAAUAAGGACUGUACCUGCCAUGUUCAUAUGAAUGAUAUAAUAAUCCCGAACCAAUUGGCCACAUAACUCUAAAAUGGACCAAACUUGAAGGAGCUUUUGUGUUGUUUUAUCUUGUACUGUUAAAAGUAUGGUCUGCCAGGCUCUUUCGCAUUUAAAACCUAGAGUGACAUAUUGACGGAGAAACGAUUGGACGUCUAUUAGCGUUGACAGUGUGUUUAAGUUAUCACAUGAUCUAUUUUCCUAUAUGUCAGUAUCGAAAAGUAAUAUAUAAAUUGUUCCAAGUGUGAUAAGCUGCGAGGUACCCUGCAUCUGCGUGUAUAUGUGUGUCGUAUGUUAUUACCGGUGUAUUGAAAUGACUUCAGCUUGUUUGUGUUUCUAAACCUCUUCAGCCCUCUGCUCUUUAACCCCCACCUGAACAUCCCUCCUGUCUCCUGACCCACCACAAGCUACCUCCUGUGACCCUGCAGCACAUGACUGGGAGAGGUCACUGAGCUUUGGGAGCAGGGCUGCGAGCAGACAUGCAAACUCACACAAACAUCAGAGCAAAUAGGAAACAAACCCGAAAGAUCUAAUACUGAUAACUGUACUAUGUGUAUAUUUUCGCACCUCAACUCUGUCAGUCAGAAAUAGUGAUCAAAGGAGGAUGAUUUUGAUCAAAUCAGAUGAUUUUGAUUCUAGACUCUCUACGUGUACUACACUGUCCAGGGUUCGAUAUACAGUAAUUCCUUCCAUACCCAAGCUGAACGUUAAACCAUUACAUUUGUAGUCCAAAACAAAUAAAGCACAGACCAAAGUAUUUCUGCACGGCGGUAGAUUUUGAAAUUGUGUCGAGUAAGACCAGAAAUAAGGAGGCUUGAGGCCAACUAUACCUGUUAACCAAAGUGUCUGAAAUAAACACAUGCUCAAAGCACAAGACAAAAACAAACAACCAACGCAUCUGUGAAGGUGGAGAUUUGUAGAUUAUUUAUUCAAGCAAUCAAAGCGCUUGUUUCUACAUAUCUAAUGCCUCAGAUAAGACUACAGAAACAUCUCUGGAAUGCGUAAUGAUUGCUUUGAGUUUUCUUCCUAAGCCUUGCUUACAGACGUAAUAAUUGCAUGGUGUGUGUGUGUGUGUGUGUAUACUUGUUUUUCUCUUUUCACAGUUUCUCUGUACAAACUACUUGAACCUUCAGAGCUUUAAAGAAACAUCUCAGUCAGAAUAAUGGCAGAGAAUUCUAAAGAUGUAGCAGUGCACUGAGAGGGAAAGACAGAGUGAACUCAAACACCAUAUUAGCCACAACAUUACUGUAGGUUUUAAUGACAUUUCAAUACACAUUAUCCUUUAAUGCUCUCUGUGUGCUUUGCUUGUCUGCGAAUCAACCCUGAAACACAAUAACUCUUUCAUUUGUCACAACUUGUGGCAAAUACUAUUUUUAUUGACCAAAAAAAAAUUGUGUUUGUAAUAUCAAUCACACCAUCUCUCUCUUUCUCCGCUGUCCCUUUUUAAGCCCAGCAUUGGGGCACAUGUUAUUUGGGCAGGUCUGUACAGUGGUUGGUGCUGUUGAACAUUUGGCCAUGUAAGCUGUCACUGAAAGGACAUCUGAAGUAGAGUUAGCAUGCUGAGCUCCUGUUCUGUGUGACCCACUGGAGAGAAGGUUUAACUAAUUCUCUUUUUCUAUGACCAGACAAGAGAAACAAGGUUCCUAAAGUGGUAUGGGCUCUGAGGAAAGGAUUCAUGUUCUGGACAUGGAAUAAUGGAAGACCAACUGUGUGUGGAGCGUUCUAUUUCAUUCAUGCCCUGUGAUGUCAUAAUGGGGUAAUAGGAGGACUGUUCCUGCCUCUGAUGUGAAAUCUACAAAGCCUGGAAGUUUCCACCGCUUAUAUAUAGAUAAAGACUGUCAUUUAUUCACAAAUACAGACCACUUUAUUAUCUCUUUAGGUUUUUAAUACGGCAUACAUGAAGAGGGCAAAUUCUGUGUUUUCGAUGGCAAAUACUAGCAUGUUGGCAUCAGCCUCUCCCUAACCAUUUACCACCAAUCUAUCAAUGGAGUUUCUUGGCUCAUCUGAUUUCAGUGAUUGAUUGCCCUGUGAAGCCCGCACUGAUACAAAGCUGAGAUGGCAAAAGUUGAUACAGCACUUGGUCUCCCCAAGUUAUGGUAGGGAUGAAAGUGUUUUUAUUAGUUGUUUUUUUUACAUUAUUAUUUCAAGACAAACAAAGACUUGGUUUUAUAUGUGUAGGGAAGCAUUAUAUACUGUAUUGUGCAAUACAUUAUUACAGAAAAAAAAAGUUUCUGUUCGAAAGGUUGGCGCUUUGAAGAAAAUAUUAUUUUCCUCUUUAAGAGUCCUAUUACCAUUCUUUAGAUGAAGUGAACUGUGCCAGAAUAAUUUAAUUCUGAUUUUUAUUUAUUUAUUGCAUGCUUUCCUUCCCUUUUUGCUAUUCCCCUUCUUUAACUGUGCGCUAUGUUGGAUGUGUGAAGCUGUAAACAUUCUAAUUCAGGUUAUCGUCUGUGUUGAGCUAUGUAACUGCGUAAUUAAAAAUGAAAUGAAAUAUCAA